AUGCCGCGGCCCAGCCUCAGUCGCGCGGGGCGGUGGCUGAGCCCGGCCAUGAGCCUGUGCGUUUUGGAACCCCGACCCCCGGGGAAGCGGUGGCUGGUGGCCGGCCUGGGGAACCCCGGAUUGCCCGGCACGCGGCACAGCGUGGGCUUGGCGGUGCUGGGGCAGCUGGCGCAGCGGCUGGGUGUGGCGGAGAGCUGGGCCCGCGACCGGCGCUGCGUCGCCGACCUCGCCCUGGCCUCGCUCGGGGAUGCCCAGCUGAUCCUGCUUCGGCCGCGGCGGCUCAUGAAUGCCAACGGGCGCAGCGUGGCCCGGGCCGCGGAGCUGUUGGGGCUGACUGCUGAGGAGGUCUACCUGGUGCAUGACGAGCUAGACAAGCCCCUGGGAAAACUGGCUCUGAAGCUGGGGGGCAGCGCCAGGGGCCACAAUGGAGUUCGUUCCUGCAUUAUCUGCCUCAACUCCAAUGCAAUGCCACGGCUGCGGGUGGGCAUUGGGCGCCCGGCGCACCCUGAUGCAGUGCAGGCGCACGUGCUGGGCUGCUUCUCCCCUUCGGAGCAGGAGCUGCUGCCUCCAUUGCUGGAGCGCGCCACAGACCUGCUCCUGGAUCACAUCCGUGAACGAAUCCAGCGGUCCUUGUCAGGCACCUGACACCAGUGGACACGGCUACCUGCCCGCCUGCCAUGCCCACACACCAGCCACAUCCACAGACGUGCCACUCCAACCUGUGGUAUCCACUUUUUAUAUAACUUUUCUGGGCUGCUCCAGGCUUCCAAUGGAUUAAAGGGGGACUGUGGCCGGAGAGGUCCAUUUUUGGAACAGGGGUUGGUCUACUCUCUGUGUCUUACUUGGAAAGUAGGGAAACUUCAGGAAGACUAAACUUCUUGACCUUUUUUGGAAAACCAGGGCUGUCGAUCUGUAAGAUUAAAAAUGCCUACUUGAAA